CUUGAGCUGCUGGCCGACGGUCAGCCGGUGUCAACGCUCCGCGCCGCCCCGGCCCGCGCUCUGCCUCGCGCCCCCCGCCCCGCCCCUCCGCGCCUCCCUCGCGGCCGCGGUGGUACGGAGAAGUUCCACUGCGACUGUUCCAGUCGGCGCUGCGGCCGCAGUGCGGCGCGGCCAGAGGCUGAGGCUCGGGUUACUUCGAUCAUCAAGGGCGCCGCGCCGGCCAUCGCCAUGUGGAGCGCGGUGCGGGUCGGGGCGGCGGCUCGCAAGCUGCCCCGGGCCGCUGGGACUUCCCUGCCGCCCGCGCGCCGGCGCCAGCACUCUGCGCCCCGCCGCGGCCUCCCCAUCGACGCCAUGCCCACCCCGGGCGACCUCCCCGGCACGCCCUCCGCCGCCCGGCUGCACGAGUACAUCGACAUGCGGCACCGUCAGCUGGGCCCCGUGUUCCGGGACCGCAUCGGGCCCGUGAGCGCGGUGUUCGUCGCGGACCCCGACGAGAUGCGCCGCACCUUCGGGCUCGAGGGCAAGUACCCCAUGCACGUCUUACCCGAGCCGUGGGUGCACUACAACCAACUGUUCGGAGUCAAGCGAGGCCUCUUCUUCAUGGAUGGAGCGGACUGGCUCAAGAUGCGCCGCCUCAUGAACCCGCUCAUGUUGAGAACCGACCAAGGAGACAUUUUCUCUUCAGCCUGCCAACAUGUUGCUGAGUCCCUCGUGUCCAAAUGGAAGGCAGGUGGCACUCGGGUCAUAGGUGACCUGGAGGCGCAGCUAUACAAGUGGUCGCUAGAUACCGUAAUUGCUGUCCUAAUGGGACCUCUUUAUGAAACACACGCACCAAAAUGGAAUGAUGAGGUGGAAUACUUGGCACACAAUAUUCAUAAAGUGUUUUUAGAAACUGGAAACAUGUCUCUUAUCUCAGCCAAAGACGCGCAAGAAGGUCAGCUUCCAGUUUGGAAGCGCUUUAUCACAACAGUUGAUGCAAGCUUAAAUACAGCUCGGUCCCUGGUGCUACAGAUGAUUCCUCUUUCCACUGGUGAAUCUGGUGGUCUCCUGAAAGGAAUGAUAGAAUGUGGAAUGUCUGAGGAAGACAUUAUAAAAGUGGUUAUUGACUUCAUAAUUGCUGCAGGUGACACAACUGCUUUGUCACUUCAAUGGACCCUAUACUUGUUAGCAGAAAAUCCACUCACUCAGGGACAUGUGGCAGCAGAAUUAACACAGGAAACUGAUAUUUUGCAGUCAGCUCUUGUGAGAGGUGUGGUGCGAGAAGCCUUAAGACUAUACCCUGUGGCACCAUUUCUCACGAGAAUAAUGCCUGAAUCUUGUGUUAUUGGUGGAUAUGAACUACCCCCUAAGGAACUGGUACUGCUAUCACUAUUUACAAGUGGAAGAAAUGCCAACAAUUUCCCAGAACCAGAAAGGUUUUGGCCUGAACGCUGGCUUCGAACAUCUCAUUCAACCAAUGGAUCAUAUAAAGCAGUCCAUAACCCACAUGCUUCUAUGCCUUUUGCAAUGGGAGCACGAUCAUGCAUAGGUAGAAAGCUUGCAGAGACCCAAAUGAUAACAACCUUGGCCGCUAUUCUCAGAGAUUUCGAAAUAGAACUGUUAAAUACAGAAAACAUAGAUAUGGUGCUACGCAUGGUUGCUGUUCCAUCAAUACCCUUAAAAAUAGGACUCCGACCACGUACUCAGACUAGUCUAUGAGAUUUAUAGAACAUACCUAAACAGUUAUUCUCUUCUUUUAAAUUUGAAAAGAAAAAGUAAGAAAAUAGCCUGAAAAUAUACAGAGUCCUGUGAAGUUUUCAUACAAUAAAGUGUUGCGACAAUUCAA